AACCAUGACGUCCCAAGUGAGACACAACUACCAUCAGGACUGCGAGGCUGCCAUCAACAGGCAGAUCAACCUGGAGCUGUAUGCCUCCUACGUCUACAUGUCCAUGAGUUACUACUUUGACCGGGAUGAUCAGGCAUUGCACAACUUUUCCAAGUUCUUCCAUCAUCAGUCACAUGAGGAGCGUGAGCAUGCUGAAAAGCUAAUGAAACUGCAGAACCAGAGAGGAGGGAGGAUCUUUCUGCAGGACAUCAAGAAGCCGGAUAGGGAUGAGUGGGGCAGUGGUGUCGAGGCUCUCGACAGUGCCCUGCAGCUUGAGAAGAGCGUGAACCAGUCACUGCUGGACUUGCACAAGCUCUGCUCCACUCACAAUGACCCACAUCUGUGCGAUUUCAUCGAGACUCAUUACCUUGAUGAGCAGGUGAAGUCCAUCAAAGAGCUGGGAGACUGGGUGAGCAACCUGCGCCGCAUGGGAGCUCCUCAGAACGGCAUGGCAGAGUACCUGUUUGACAAACACACUCUCGGCAAAGAGAGCAGCUAAAUCCAUCCAGAAUUUAUUUAAAGGCUUUUGUCAUUGACAUGUGUAGCUUGCUUCUAGAAAUGUCAAAAUAUGCAUGUAAUUGGUCAUUAUAUUAACAUUGUUGCUUAACAGUCAUUGACAUGUUCUGGAUUUGUAGAUGUAGUUGCUGCUUGUUUGCUAUCUCGUUUUAGACAAAGUGUUAACGGAACAAAUAAAUCCAACCCUCUAGAUUCUCA